CUCCGAAACCAUAUCCCUUGCCCUGUGACUGGCAGAACGAGAUUUUUCUGUGGCUGACUCACAGACCAUGGACGAACUAAACAAGCAAGUGGAGGCGCUGGAAGUGUCUGCGCAGACAGAAGAGAUCAAGCUGCGCGCGUUGGAGGCGGAGGCGCCUCGCAGCGAGAAGUUCUACAUCACGACGGCCAUCCAUUACACGAAUGGACAGCCGCACAUGGGCCACGCGUACGAGAACGUCACGUCGGACGUGAUCGCGCGGUACCAUCGCACGUACGGCCGCGACGUGUUUUUCUUGACGGGCACGGACGAGCACGGCCAGAAGAUCGCACAGACCGCGGAAGCGCAGGGCGUGACCCCCAUCGCGCUGUGCGACAAGUACUCUGGCAUCUUCCAGAAGCUGGCCAAGGACCUGAACAUGUCGAACGACCAUUUUAUCCGUACCACGAGCAAGCAGCACAUUGAUUUCGCGCAGUUCAUCUUUGGCAAGGCCGAAGCGAACGGCGACAUUUACAAGGGCACGUACGAAGGAUGGUACAACGUCCGCGAGGAGACGUUUGUGACUGAGAACGAGGCGCAGCUGAUCGACUUCAAGGACCCGACAACUGGCACGCCGCUCAAGAAGAUGCAGGAGUCGUCCUACUUCUUCCGCAUGUCCAAGUACCAAGAGCGCUUGAUCGCCCAUUACCAUGCGAACCCCACGUUUCUUCAGCCGGAAACCCACCGCCAGAGCAUCUUGAAGCGCCUAGAAGAGCCGCUCCUCGACCUCAGCGCGUCGCGCACGACGUUUCGCCACGGCGUACCGCUGCCCAACGACCCCGACCACGUCAUGUACGUCUGGUUUGACGCACUCUCCAACUACCUCAGCGGCAUCGACGGCAUCAACUACCCCAACGGCGCGUUGUCCAAGUACUGGCCCGCCAGCGUCCACGUUAUCGGCAAGGACAUCACGUGGUUCCAUUGCGUCAUCUGGCCAUGCAUCCUCAUGAGCGCGGGAUUUCCACUGCCCACCCGCGUAUUUGCGCACGGAUUUGUGAAUGCGCGAGACGGUACCAAGAUGAGCAAGUCGAUUGGCAACGUCGUGGACCCGUAUGACAUGAUUCACAAGUAUGGCGUGGACUCUUUCCGGUACUUUUUGGUCCGCGGCGCCAAGUACGGAUCCGACAUGCCGUUCUCAGAAGACGAGUUCUUCAACAUCCACAAUGCCGAAUUGAACGAUACGCUGGGCAACCUCGUACAUCGGGGGCUCGCGCUCAGCGUCAAGUACGCCCACGGCCACGUCCCCGACGUCCCGGCGACCCCAUGCUUUGACGUGGUAGCGUUGAAAACGGCCACAGAGGAGGCGUUUCAAUCGUAUGCAUUGCAAGAAGCCGUGUUCCGGUUCAUCGAAGUCGUGCGCGCGACCAACGGGUACCUGACAACGGCGGCGCCAUGGCACAUGACGGACGACCACGCCAAGCAGGUUGUGGUGCGAACCAUUUUGGAAGCGAUUUACGUGUUUGCGCACUUUAUGAUUCCAUUCAUGCCUGCGACAGCGUCGCGGGUGUUUGGGUUUCUGCACACGCCACCGACGACAUUGCCGUUGCUAAGCAGCGACUUCAACAACUUGGUACCGGGCACCCCCAUCAAGAACGUGACCAAAGACGACAUUUUGUUUGAAAAGCUAAAGUCCGAAGCCGAAUUGGCGGCGCUCGCGUCCAAGCAAGCGACCGCCGCGCCGCCACCUGCCGCCAAAAAAGCCAAGGAGGACCUGCCAUUGUUUGCGUCUUGCGAUAUUCGCGUUGGCACGAUCAUCAAGGCGUGGCAUCACCCUGACAGCGACAAGCUGUUUUGCGAAGAAAUCGACGUUGGUUUGGAGUCUGGUCCGGUGCAGAUUGCGUCGGGACUUCGACCGUUUUACUCGCUGGCCGAGAUGACGGGGCGUCGGUGCCUCGUGCUGCUUAACAUCAAGGCGGCCAAGCUAGGGGGAUUCAAGUCCAAUGGGAUGGUGCUGUGUGCGUCGUCGGAAGCGCACGACGUGGUCGAGUUUGUGGAGCCCCCCGCAGGCGCUGUGAAUGGCGAGCGCGUGUUCAUCGCCACAGAGUCGGGCGAUCCCGUGUCGGAAGGCCAGAUGAAGAAGCAAAAGGUGUGGGAAAAAUUGAGCGCCGACCUCAAAACGGAUGACCACCGACAAGCCACGUACAAGGGCCAAGUGAUCCAGACGUCGGCGGGGCCAGUGCUGGCUAAAACGCUGACGGGCGUGCAUAUUGGUUAACCGAGAACAACUGGACCAAGGAAGAGAGGAAGACUACUACUAGUACGUAGUAGUAGUAGUAGCUAGUAGAUGGCGGCUAAGGGUGGUGUGAACCCUCAUGAACUAACUAGUACUCGACACCCCAUUCCGUGACA